UGUGUGUGUGUGCGUGAGAGCGAGCGAGCGAGGGAGAGAGAUGUAGGGGCAGGCAUGUGUUUUCAUCUCCUCGACUCCCCUCCGCCUCCGUGCUUCUGUUUGCUGUUUCUCAACAGCAUCUGGGUUUUUUCUCUUUUUCAUUCUUCCCAUGUUGGACAGUUUUCCCUCGGAGCUGUUUGCCACGGUGUUCUGAUGGGGACAUUGCAAGCAGCUGGCUCUCUGGAGUGACUGGCGCCGAGGACUCACUUCCUCCUCUGACAUCUGGGUUACCACGGCGCCCUGCCUCUCUCGGUCUCUCCCUCCGUCUCACACUCAUUCAGUCACCUCCUCUGUCUCUACCUGCAUCUCUGAUUCGCUGUCUUUUGGAAUCUGCCUGUGCCUCCUGGGGGGAGCUUUCACCUGAGCCAUGAGCCUUUGAGCUGGAGCCCUGAGAUCUGUCUGAAAACAAGCAGGAGGCCAAGUAUGCAUGGCAACCUGCUCCCAUCUUUGGUGACCCUUGGUAAAGGAUAGCCACAGCUUUAUUGCCAAUCAUGGAGCGCAUAGACUUUUCCCCACUUCACAGUGAGUCUACAAAUCUAAACAAUGGACUUUACUAGAGUUCAUUGGCCUGGUUUGAUCCGCAGUCAGUGGUAGUGCUGAGACAAGGCCUCUGGGUGCUCUCUGAUCACGUGUAUGCUCCAGGAGGUACAGAAGAGACCUCCAGAACAGCUGGCUCUACCAUGAGAAUCCCAGCCUGCCUCUGUCCUGUGCUGGCCUGCCUCUGUGUCCUUCAGAGUAGCUAUGGGACUCCCCAGUACCAGCCCCAGACCAAGCCUGCCCAGCCCCAGCUUAGGCCUCCACAACCCCAGUCGAGGACUACCAAACAACAGCCUAAACCCAUCAGAACACCAGCCAGAAACCAGACUAAACACCCAGACAUGGAAAAGGACAUCCACCAUCGGCCCAAGAGAGGCUGGAUAUGGAACCAGUUCUUUGUCUUAGAGGAACAUAUCGGACCUGAGGCUCAGUAUGUUGGAAAGCUGCACUCCAACUCUGACAAAGGCGACGGUUCCGUCAGGUACCUGCUCUCUGGCGAGGGGGCGGGGACAAUCUUCAUCAUAAACGAAGUGACGGGUGACAUCCACGCUGCCAAGAGUCUCGACCGUGAGAAGAAGGGCCAGUACGUGCUGCACGCCCAGGCCGUUGAGCGCUACACCAAUAGGUCCCUGGAACCCGAGUCAGAGUUCAUCAUCAAAGUCCAGGACGUAAAUGACAACGCCCCAUGGUUCCCCGAUGGCCCGCUGGCCGCCACCGUCCCUGAGAUGGCUGACGUGGGCACCUCAGUGGUUCAGGUAACAGCCACAGAUGCAGAUGACCCCACCUAUGGGAACAGCGCUAAUAUCGUCUACAGCAUCCUGCAGGGACAGCCUUACUUCUCGGUGGACCCUAAGACCGGUGUGAUCAGGACGGCCCUGGCAGGUAUGGACCGUGAGGCUAGGGAACGCUACUUCCUGGUUGUCCAGGCCAAGGACAUGGCGGGCUCCGUGGGUGGCCUAUCAGGAACCACAACUGUCAACGUCACUCUGACUGACGUCAACGACAACCCACCCAGAUUCCCACAGAAGAGCUAUCAGCUCUACGUGUCCGAGACGGCCGCUGCGGGCCAGGCUGUCGGCAGAAUCAAGGCCAGCGACGAGGACCUCGGGGUGAAUGCAGAGAUGGAUUACGUCAUCACCAACCCUGAAGCUGCUGCCGUGUUCUCCAUCAGCACUGACAGCGAGCACGGGGAGGGGAUCAUCUCACUCAAACAGCCUUUGAACUAUGAGAAGAGGAAGACCCACACACUUCACAUCGAGGGCGUCAACACACAUCUGGACUCUCGCUUCUCCCACCUGGGCCCCUUCAGGGAUUCCACAACGCUGCGGGUCAUCGUGGGAGAUGUGGACGAGCCCCCACUCUUCUCCAUGGACUACUACAUCAUGGAUGUCUACGAGAACUCGCCCAGCGGAACGCAGGUUGGCAUGGUGACCGCCCAGGACCCUGACAGCACCAAGAGCCUCGUGAGGUAUUUCAUCGAUAACAGUGAGGAGGGUCCGGUGUAUUUCAUUGUGGGUGCGAACAGCGGCUUCAUCAGGACCACUCAGCCUCUGGACAGGGAGGGCGUGGCCUGGCACAACAUCACUGUCAUGGCGACUGAAGUCGACAACCCUCGUCUGGUCAGCCAGGUUCCCGUGACCAUUCAGGUACUGGACGUCAAUGACAACGCUCCGGCCAUUGCGGGGGACAGUGAUGACAUCAUAGUGUGUGAAAGUUCCAGAGCUGGCCAGGUGAUCCAGACCAUAAGGCCUGCUGACAUGGACAACUUUGCCAACGGUCAUUUCUCCUUCGCUCUGCCAAGAGAGCUCUCAGACAACCCCAACUUCACCUUGAAAGAUAACGAAGACAACACAGCCAGCAUCAUAUCACGCCGGCGUGGGUUCCAGAAGGCGGAGCAGGAGUUGUAUCUUCUGCCGGUGGUGGUGUGGGAUGGGGGGGAGCCCAUGCUGAGCAGUACCACCACCCUGAACCUGCGUGUGUGUGUGUGCCUCCGAGGCACCAGGGGGCACAACCUCUGCCAGGCCCAGGCCUUCCUCUCCACGGCAGGCCUCAGCACUGGAGCCUUCAUCGCCAUCCUCCUCUGCAUCCUCAUACUUCUGGCCAUAGUGGUAAUGUUCCUGACCCUGCGCAGUAAGAAAGCCAAUAAGGAGCCUCUCAUUCUUUCUGAGGAGGACAUCCGUGAGAACGUGGUAACCUACGACGACGAGGGCGGCGGGGAGGAGGACACAGAGGCCUUUGACAUCGCUGCGUUACGCAACCCCGCUUCCUCAGAGCAGAGGAGGCUGCGCCACCGUCGAGAGGUGGAGCCAGAAGCCGCCUGGUUGGUGAUUGGCUGUCGUCCGCGAGUAGGCGGGAGCAACCUGUCGGCUUCCUCUUGUUCGGUCCUGGACAGCAAUGACAUCAUUCACCGUGUCAUCAGGCAGAAAGUCGUGGAGGCAGACCUGGACAAUAGAGGACCACCCUAUGACUCACUGCAGACCUACGCCUACGAGGGGCGGGGCUCCCUCUCGGGGUCCAUCAGCUCCCUGGGGCUGGCCACAGCGCUGCCUGAGCUCAGCUACUCUGACCUGGAGGACUGGGAGCCCGAGGCCCACACUCUGGCCCGUCUGUUUGGAGAGCACAUUUUAGAACACAGCCCCUAGACUGGGUGCCAGACAACCCUCCAGCCAGCUUUCCUCCCCCCUCCUGGGAUCCCGUCACCCUGUUUGGAUUGAGAGGAGGCACUGUUGCGGAGGUGACGUUAACCAUUGUGUCUCUUUCGGAUCCUUUUUGGAAAGAGCGUAUUAACAUAUUUUGGAAAACUACAAUUCUGAAAAGACUUCAAAUAAAACUUCACGGUUUGGAAAAAGGAGAAAAGGAAACUAUUUUCCCUAUUGUAUAUUUUUAUUGAUAAAUAAAGCCCAAUUGUUUGUGAGAGGUGAAGUGACUUGCAAUUCAUGUUGUAAUGAAUCCUAUGUUCUGCCCUUAUACUUGAUACCUGGGGGUAUUCCUGUGGAACCAUGUUGGUAAGUACUUAGAGUUCUCUGUGUAGACCACCCAAGCUCGUUCCAGUACUUCACUAAUUCUGUGUACUGCAAAAACAAGUCAUGGAAAUUCUUCACAAGACCAGAACAAGUUUUAAUUGGGUAACAACGGCACUGUAAGCGUUGUUAUUGGCUUCAAAUGCUUUGGUGUGCAGCUUUUAUGGCCAUCCUGGGGUUUCCACAUGAGCUCUUAGAAGGCUUGGUGUGUUCCUGCAGCCCUCUUGAUCAGCACCCAGGGGAUCCCA